CCAUUUUGUAACCCAUACCAGGUAGAAAAAUUAAAUAACUUCCGGGUUAGCAAGUUUUGUCGAGCAAUUAAAAUCAAGAUGGAAGUAUCCGGAAAGAGACGUGACCCUGACAUUGACAAGGGCUCCGAUGACACAACUGUCUACUGUCAGCCGUGUGAAGAGGAAGGCAAAUGCGUUGUAGCCCAGAACUUCUGUCAGACCUGCGAGGAGUACAUGUGUGAUCCAUGCAGCAAGGCCCAUAAGAGAUUUAAGGUGACCAGGAACCACAUCAUGUUGUCUAAAGAUAAGAUGCCGUCUUUCUACCCGUCCACCAAGCAGUCUGACAUCGGUGUAACUGAAUAUUGUAGAACACAUCCGAAGGAGGUGAUCAAGUUUUAUUGUCCGACCCACAGCGACCUUGGUUGUGGUGACUGUAUAGUCAUUGGCCAUCGCACGUGCAAAGUCGACUACAUUGCUGAUGUGUCUAAAGAUUUCACCAAUGGAAGUGAAUUCAGGGAGUUUGAACCAUCUAUUAAACGAGCAGAAGAUCUGCUAUCUGGGUGCAUAAGUAAAGUUAAGGAGCUUUUUGACGAGGUCGAACACCAGUCUAAGGAUGAGAUCGACAGGCUGAGAAGGUUCCGGACAGAAAUCAAUACCUACCUGGACCGACGCGAGAAGGAGUUGCUCGGCAACAUCCAGAAAAUGAAGACCGAGGAUGAAAGCGUGCUGACUGAACUCAAGACUGAUUGUGAGUUGGCAAAAAGCGGACUUGUGGCCACUAGGACAGAACUGACUUCCGGGGACGUCUCGGAUAAUCAGCGAUACGUGACGGCAAGGAGGGUCCAGAAGGAGCUACGAGAGAUUCAUGACAAGAUGGAGAAGAUGGCUGGUAGGAUGAAGGCCCGGAAGUAUCGAUUUGUUAAAGACCCGAACACGGAGGGGCUGCUGGGAUCGAAAAUGGGCCUUGGAUCACUGGACGUGGCGGAAGAGUUUGUUCCAGUUCCUGACCUCUCCACUGUGACAUGGAAGAAGGAGGCGGAUAUCAACGUUAGAAUGACUCAGGACAAGGAAACCUGCUGGAUCACGAGCUCAGCCCUGAUCUCGCCUGGUCUCUUCCUUAUCGCUGACUUCUGGAAUGACUGUGUCAAACUGGUAGACGUUAGCAACCGCACCGUCACGGCCCGCCUACAACUGCCAGGCAGGCCCUGGGACGUGUGUGUGCUCGCUGAUGACCAGGCCGCCGUCACUUUCACAAAUAAUUCCAUGAUUCAGCUGUUGUCAAAAAAAGGAGGACAGUUGUCGCGUGGAAAGGAAAUAAAGGUAUCACUUGAGUGUCGUGGUAUUACGUCUUAUGACAACAGAUUGUACGUUUUGUACGCAUUCAACCCGCGUAUUGAAGUGAUGACAUUGGAUGGUCACAUCAUAAGUACAUUCCAAACAGAUGAUGGAAGACAACUUUUCCAAGCACCAUAUUACCUGACUGUGUCAGCUUCUACCCAACCGACCCUAUACGUGUCUGACUACUCUGGCGACACCGUCCUCCAGCUGAACCUGGAUGGGAAGGUCCUGCGGGAGUACCGAGACAAGCAGCUCAACAUUCUCAGGUCCAUGGUGGAGGUAGGGCCUAGUCAGAUGCUCGUGUGUGGUCAGAACAGCAACAACGUGAUGUUGCUGACGGAGAGGGAUGGCAAGAUGGUGAAAAUACUGGGAGAGAAGGACGGAGUGACCAAUCCCUUCUCCGUGUCCUUCUGUCCUCACACACGUGUCAUAGUUGUCGGGAUGUACGAUAAUGACUCACUGAAGGUCUUUAAUGCAAAUUGACAGCUUUUCUGCAUCACUCGUGAUUUGGAUUUUCUCUGACAUGAAUUACCAUGUACUCAAUAAUGUUUGAGCAAGUGAAAAGUAGAUGCAAUCAUAUUUAUUUUUAAACAAAGGCUUAUUUAUUCGUUGUAAACGAGUUUUAUCAAACUAAAAAAACACUGCUUUAUAAUUUUUUUUUGAUAUUAUACAGUGUUUUACUUUGUUUGUUUUUUUCAAACAGGCAACACAAUCAGUUCCGUGGACUUUUGAGUUCAUGGUUCAAAUUUAGUGGUUUAGUUUAUUGUUUAUUUUACAACGAUUAUGAAGUUACUGUCU